AUGACGUUCGGGCUAGCAUGCUGCGCCGUGGAGAUGAUGCACCUGUCGGCGCCACGGUACGACCAGGAUCGGUUGGGCACCUUCUUCCGAGCUUCGCCGCGGCAGUCGGACGUCAUGGUCGUGGCCGGAACGCUGACCAACAAGAUGGCGCCGGCGCUGCGCCAGGUCUACGAUCAGAUGCCCGAGCCUCGCUGGGUCGUCAGCAUGGGAAGCUGCGCCAAAGGCGGCGGGUAUUACCAUUACAGCUACAGCGUCGUACGCGGCUGCGACCGUGUCGUCCCUGCCGACAUCUACGUUCCCGGCUGGCCGCCGACCGCGGAGGCGCUCAUGUACGGGAUGCUGCAGCUGAAGCGAAAGAUCCGAAAAACAAGGAAGGCCCGCCUUCAGAACAGUCAGCGUCUGUGGUCAUCGGCGACGAGGAGCGUGAGCAUGAUGGGCGCGGUGUACUCGGAAGCGGAGGCGGAUAUGCCGAGCAUUGUCUUUAUACACCAGCUCAAGAUUCAACUAAUACUACACGCCUAA